GCCGAGUCAGGAUGUGGCUAUGAAAGGGAUCGUUGCAAGAGAAGGCACAACUGGUCGGAGGUUAUUGCCGUCUCCCUGAUGAGCCCAAGGCAGGGCGAAACCAGUUGGCAUGCGUAUGCAGAGAGGCUGGUCUUGAGGAAUGAGUGCACCUCAAGACGCCGCACGGACUUCGGAAGUCCAUGUCCGUGACAAGUGGUAUCAGAGCCUGGUUAGGCUGAAGAGCCUAGUUCCUCUCUCAGUACGGCAUAGGUCGUGUAUGGGCCGACCCUAUGCCCGAAUGAGAGGCGGUCCUAGGUGAGCAUAUUAGGCGGUCCGGACGCAGAUUCACAUGUGUUGCGCCGUUGUGGAGGACCUCGACAGGCUGAAGAUGCAGCGGCCGAGAAUGCCGUUCAAUCGAGGAACUAACGCUAGCGAGAGCGUAGGGUGAAGGUCGAUUGAGGUACAAACGCCGGGAGUAGCGUAGGGUGAAGGUCGACUGAGGUACUAGCGCAGCAGAAGCAAAGAGUGAAUGUUGAUGUCGAGGGGGCGAAGCGAUAUGUGCGCGGGGCACAACAGGCUAGCGCGAGAACGCGACCGGAGCCUGUCCGUCAGAGGAUGGUAUCGUAUGCGGAUGCCCACAAUUGGUUCGAGAGAGUUGCAAUACAUGCUGCGGAGAGAAGCAUUCUUCACCAGCACGAGGACGUGCUGCAUUAUGAGUGGUGGAGAAUGUCACGUCCCGAAAUGUCAUGACCGUGUUGAUUGUCUGAAGAACGCUGCCAUCUGGUUGUCUUGCCAUGAGAAGGGUAAAGGGGGCGACAUUAGCGAUAAGGCGUUGUCUGCCUGUGCAUCGCAUCUGGCCGAGUCAGGAUGUGGCUAUGAAAGGGAUCGUUGCAAGAGAAGGCACAACUGGUCGGAGGCUAUUGCCGUCUCCCUGAUGAGCCCAAGGCAGGGCGAAACCAGUUGGCAUGCGUAUGCAGAGAGGCUGGUCUUGAGGAAUGAGUGCACCUCAAGACGCCGCACGGACUUCGGAAGUCUAUGUCCGUGACAGUACCCAUGGGUUUGGGUUGGGUUUGAGUUUUUCAAACCCAGUGGGUUUUACCUCGGGUUUUUUCACGGAUAAACCCAUGGGUUUGUGUUUGGCAAAACUCGACCCAACCCGACCCAUUGUCAUCCCUAGUUUCGACUAUGGGCCCAAUUAAAUCAUUCGAACUAGCCAGAUUGGUAAAUGCUACUACUGGUAGAACCUUGGAAAUGCAGUAUGUGACCUUUCAAAAAUGAAACUAGCAAUUUAUA